UCUUCUUUCUCAACCUCAUCCCUCUACCCUCUCUACCUUCCUUAUCGAUACCAUGCUCCUCCUCCUCCUCCUCCUCUCCCUCUCCCUCUCCCUCCCCUUCAUCGCCGCCCGCCCCCUCGCCCUCCUCCCCAGAGACAACCCCUCCAUCACCGCAACCUACUCCUACCCCUCCGCGUUCUCCCUCUCCUCCUUCGGCCUCCACGUCGACGACACCCCCGUCCCCGUCUUCUCCUACAUCGACUACGACUACGCCCACUACUCCAACGGCGCCUACAACGUCACCUACACUAUCACCGUCUCCUCGCCCGACUACAUCGACUCCACCGACUCCAUCUCCAUCUCCCCGAACUCCCUCGCCAUCGACUGCUCGCUCUCCGACGACCACUACUCCUUCACCUUCCCCCUCACCGGCACAAACUACAUCAUCGUCAAGAUCGGGUCUCAGCGCGAACUCGUCAUCUUCGCCGACCCGCCCGAGCUGCACAACCCCUACGACGACGGCUCGCCCGUCAUCUCCGUCACCGACUCUUCUUACAACGCCGACGCAAACGCAACCUCCGUCUCCACCGACGCCUUCCAGCGCGCCAUCGACGACUCGGCCGCGUCCGGCGCGGUCUGCUACGUCCCUGCCGGAGAGUACCUCGUCGGCACCCUCAUCCUGCCCAGCAACACGCGUUUCUUUGUCGACGAAGGCGCGUUCGUGCGCUCGACGGCAAACUACGACGACUACGAGCUCGACUUUGAAAAGGGCGGAUACCCGAUCGUGCACUGGAUCCGCACUGCUAUCGACUCGUCAAACAUCUCAAUCUACGGGCGUGGCAUGUUUGACGCGCGUGGAGCCGACUGUCUUGCGGCUGCGACGCCGUUCAAGAUGAUUGUCAUCCAGCCCCUGAGCACGACGUCGUUUACCUACGACGGGCCGAUGAUUCGCGAGUCUGGGUUCUGGACAAUGACGCCGACGAUGGUCAAGUACGGCACGAUCAAGAACCUCAAGAUUAUCAACAACCUGACUACCACAGAAAACGACGGAAUCGACAUCAUGCACUCGUCUGAUGUGACGGUCGAGCACGCGCUCAUCAUCUCCGGCGACGACGCGUACUCGCUCAAGACCUGGAACCCUUCCACCGACGUCGCCGACAGCUGGCCGAAGACGGCCGGCGCGGGCGACGGACCGGGCGACGACCCGCUGUUUACGUCUGACACAAACAUCCUGAUCACCGACACCGUUGCCUGGACGGGGUGUAUCGGGUGGAAGAUUGGCUACGGCACGUACGAGCCCGUGGUGAACUCGCAGGUCACACAUUCGACGCUGUACCAGGGCGCGAUUGGUUUUGGCGUGGACUCGAAGCAGUCGAGCAGUUCGUCGGUGGUUCAGAAUAUCACGUACGAGUCGAUUGCGGUGGAGCAGAUUGUCGAGGGCCAUGGUCUUUACUACGGCGGGUGGAUGGCGAUCAUGACGCGGCAGGGCAAUUCCGGAGUUGCGAACGUGAAGGACAUCACGGUGAAGGACAUCACUGUGAAGGAUCUAGGCGGCCGGGAGGCGCAUAUUCUUGGCUACGACGAGGACGCGACGGUGUCGAAUGUUGAGAUUACGAACGUUACGUUUGGGGAUUCGUCGAGCGCGUACUCGAUUCUGUCGGGGAUACUGACGUGGAUCAAUAACUUGCUGGGGAACCUUGUGGAGAGCUUUGACGACCUGAAGAUUAGCAAGAACGGCUAUACGAGCGAUAUUUCGUACUCGACGAGUUAGAAUAGAAUAGAAUAGAGAUAGAGAUAAUAGAGAUAUAAACAUAGCAGAACAGAAUAGAAUAGAAACAGGUACAUGCGGGAUAUUGACAGACCGCGCGUUUCAGCAGCGUAGAUCAUCAAAGUUGCGUAUUUUUUAGUUUCGAGGACUUUUAACCUGAGACGAGAGGAGG